AUGUUGUGCUCGCUGUCCGGGCACGUGCCCGAAAAUCCGGUCGUGUCGAAGAAGAGCGGGCUGCUCUAUGAGCGCCGCCUGGUGGAGAAGGAGAUACAGGAGCAUGGGAUGGAUCCCAUCACCAAGGAGCCAUCCACAUUAGAUGACCUGAUUGAGGUCAAAACGAACAAGGCUGUGAAGCCCCGACCUUCAUCCGCCACGAGCAUCCCUGGAUUGCUGGGGCUCUUUCACAACGAAUGGGAUGCCCUCAUGCUGGAAACCCACAACUUGAGGCAGAGCCUGCACACAACACGGCAAGCACUUAGCCACCAAAUGUAUGAGCAUGAUGCAGCAUGCCGAGUCAUCACCAGGCUGGUACAAGAACGUGAUGAAGCGCGGAAGGCAUUGGAAGAUGCUGAGGGCCUAAUCAAAGAGGCAGGAGGCAAGAAAAGAAUGGCAGAUGAAGAAUUGGAAGAUCGUGCCAAGAGGGUUCGGCCAGGUAUUCCUGCUGAGGUUGGGCAGGAACUGCACAAGAUGAGCAAGCAGCUUUCGGAAGCGAGGAAGAAGCGUACUGUGCCAUCAACUCUGGCAACUACUGACGAGCUUGCAAAGUACGAGUUGAUCUCUAGUCAUCCGCUGCAUCGGACCACCCAGGGAGGGAUUCUUUGUGUUGCGCCGAACCCGAGCGCUACAAACCUUAUCGCCACAGCUGGAGCAGAUGCCACUGUCCAGAUAUUCGACAAGUCGUCAUCAAGGAUCCUGGUGUCUGUUGAGGAGCACACCAAGAAGGUCAACUGUGUGGCAUGGCCGACCAGUGAACUUGUUGCAAGUGCCUCUGCUGAUUGCUCAGUGCGCCUGUGGCGUGGUUCUGGGGCAACAUGGAAGCCAGCGAUGGCAUUCAAGGACCAUGAGGCAGAUGUUGUUACUGUGGCCUGCGGAAAAUUGGAAAAAUAUAUUGUGUCAGCAUCCAAGGAUUGCACUCUCGGCUUCUAUGACUUGGAGGUUGGGACGUGUCUCGAAAAGCUUCAUCACCAAGAUGUACAAGCACCAUACUGCUGCGCCCAGUUUCACCCCGAUGGGUUGCUGAUUGGCAGUGGCUCUGAGAACGGUACCAUCCACAUGUGGGAGAUGAGGGGCCAGACAAUUGCCAAGUCCCUAGACGAGGCCUCAGGAUCGCACUCAACUCCGGUGAAGGGUAUUUCGUUUUCAGAGAAUGGGUACUACAUGGCAACAGCAGCUGCAAACUGCAUCAAGCUAUGGGAUCUGAGAAAGUUGAAGGUCUUCAGAGAGCUUGCACCAUACACUCGCCCGACAAUCACGAGCGUCGCAUUCGACUUCAGUGGUCUCUAUCUUGCCGUUGGGGGAGAAGACGUUCGCGUGUUUGGCUCCAAGCAGGACUGGAAUGUCUUCAAGACCCUUGGCAACUUGCCAAAAAAGGGAGCGUACAGCCUGGCAUUCGGGCAAGAUGCCCAUACACUUUUGGUCGGCUCCUCCGACCACAACCUGCGCAUUUUCGGAACAGGGAGCUAG